ACGGUACCAAUUUCGUUGGCGCCAACAACGAACUACGAGAGCUCCGAAACCUCCUGCAGUCCGACGAUCACAAGGUAAAGGUUCAGUCUUUUUUAGCCGACCGACGGAUCGAAUGGCGCUUCAUUCCGCCCAACUCACCCCACUUUGGCGGGUUAUGGGAGGCUGCAGUGCAAUCCUUCAAACGACACCUCAGACGUGUCGUAGCUGGCAACACAUCCAGAAAAUCAAACAGCAUUUCUGGCGCCGUUGGCAUCAAGAAUAUUUCAACGAGCUAAACAUACGAAACAAAUGGAGCAAGGGCAAUCGCGGCAUACGAGAAGGCACCAUCGUCAUUCUCAGAGAAGACAACGUUACCCCAAUGCAGUGGCCAUUGGGCAGAGUCAUCAAGGUACAACCCGGCGCAGACGGCAUCAUACGGACGGCCACCGUCCGAACGGCAACGAGCACACUGGAUGGGAGCAUCAAGCGGAUGGUACCACUACCAAGCAGAUCGACACCAGAGGACACCGACAACAGCAAGGAAUUUUAGAAGAGAUCCACCUCACAGCACCACAACACAUCAUUUGAUCGGUACCCUCUCAACGGGGGGAGUAUGUUACGCCACGUGGCUUUCCAGAGGUCGUUAUUCCUAACCGUCGCUCGUGGCAUCGCAGUGUCGCGACAAAUAAACAAUGUAAGGGUCAA